UGACCCCUCCCACCAAAGUGAUAUAUAUAAGUGAGGUGUUAAGUGUUGAAUGUGUGUUACUCUAAUGACAACAAGACAAAAGCUGAAAUUGCCAAAAUUUGGGUUCUUUCUUGCAAAUUUCUGAGGAGGAAGGCAUAAUGGCUCAAAUGGAUGCCGAGUUUGAUUUGAGGAGCGGCAGCAUCAUCAAGGGUUGGAGCGGACAUGUCCAGCCUGCUCUCGUCGCCGCGGUUGUUUUUCUUUUUUGUCUGGAAGCCUGUCUGUGGGUCAGGAACCUUAAACUCAAGAGGAGACUGCCGGGACCUUUUGCUUGGCCUGUGGUUGGCAACGCCUUGCAGCUGGGCCACAUGCCUCACAUCACCUUCGCCGAGCUUGCUAAGAAAUACGGAGAUGUGUAUCAGAUCCGCUUGGGCUGCAGCGACAUCGUGGUCCUGAACGGCGCCCGGGUGAUCCGAGAAGCCCUGGUACAGCACAGCACAGAGUUUGCAGGGAGGCCAAACUUUGUGUCCUUUCAGAAUGUGUCAGGAGGGAAGAGUCUAAGUUUCAAUAACUACAGCAAACAGUGGAGGAUGCACAGAAAGAUAGCUCAAACCACAAUCCGAGCGUUCUCAUCUUUCAACAGCCGUACCAAAAAAGCUUUUGAGCAUCAAAUUGUGGCUGAGGCCACAGAACUGGUAGAGAUUUUCCUCCAACUCAGCACUCAAGGCCAGUAUUUCAACCCCGGGAAUGAGCUGACAGUAGCUGCUGCUAAUGUGAUUUGUGCCCUUUGCUUUGGAAAACGCUAUGGGCACAAUGAUGCUGAGUUCAGAGCCUUGUUGCGUCAUGUAGAUCUGUUCGGACGGACAGUGGGGGCUGGAAGCUUGGUUGAUGUCAUGCCGUGGCUUCAGUCUUUCCCCAAUCCUGUUCGAAGUGUAUUCAAGACUUUUAAAUGGUUGAAUCAAGAGUUCUUCAACUUUGUCAGCAGCAAAGUGGAGGAGCACAGGCAGACCUUUGAUCCACACAACAUCAGGGAUAUGAGUGAUGCCAUUAUAGAGCUCAUUGAUGAGUCUGACGGUGACACAGAGAUCACCAAAGAAUACACAGAGGCAACGGUGGCAGAUUUGAUCGGCGCAGGCAUGGACACUGUCUCCACCGCUCUCCACUGGAUUGUUCUCUUGUUAGCUAAGCACCCUGACAUUCAAACCAAACUCCAUGAGCUGAUUGACAGGGUGGUGGGGAGAGGCAGGCUGCCAUCUGUUGUGGACAGAGCACACAUGCCUUACCUGGAUGCCUUCAUCUAUGAGACAAUGCGUUUCACCAGCUUCGUCCCUGUCACCAUCCCCCAUUUGACCAUGUCAGACGUAACUGUGGGGGAUUUAAGCAUCCCCAAAGACACUGUGAUCUUUAUCAACCAGUGGUCUGUCAAUCACGACCCCCUGAGGUGGAAGGACCCUCAAGCCUUUGACCCCUCCCGCUUCUUAGAUGAAAACGGCUCCCUGGAUAAGGAUCUGACAAACAAUGUUAUGAUCUUCUCAGCAGGGAAGAGGCGAUGUAUCGGGGACCAGGUCGCAAAGGUUGAGAUUUUUUUGUUCUUUGCAAUCCUGCUGCAUCAAUGCAGCUUUGAAAAAUGCCCAGAUGAGGAUUUCUCUCUGAACUACAGUUAUGGCUUAACAUUGAAGCCUUUAGAUUACAAAAUCGCUGCCAAACUCAGAGGAGAAUUGCUAAAACACAAGUGAAAACUGUUCAAUAAAACAAGCUUGUGAACUAACCAGUUAUAUUUUAAAGAUUCUAUUUUUAAAAUACAAUAAACUUUGACUAACCACUGAAAUUAAAUGAUUAAGACUACUAUUUGAGUAGAGUUCAAAUCUUAUACAUAAUUCUUAUGUAUUAGAAUUAUAUAAUUCAUAAUUCUUAUGUAUAAGAAAGUUCAACUCCAAAGUUAAAAGUAAACAUAAAAUAGAGUAUACAUUGCUGGAAUAGUCAAAAUUACACAUACAACAUUAAUUAAUGGUGAUUUAUACAUUUAUCUUAUGUAUAUUGCUGUCUUUUCCACUAAUAAUGAAUAGCUUGCUUUUUGUUUCGCGGAGUUACUCCGAGGUUAAUUUAUAUUUGGUGUGCUGGACCUUUUCCAAGCACACUGAUAAACUCAUUUGAUUAAUAGGGAGCAUUGUGGGUGUUAGAGGUUGCAUGCAUUUCAAUUGGGUAGAUUUGGGUUAUUAAUCAGUAUUUCUGAGCAGUUUAAAACCUGACAUUUUAGCCUAAUUGUUCUCCGUUAACAAAACACAACAAAUCAAAUGACAAAGGUUGACUGAACCAACAUCUUUUGUUGAAAUCUAAUAUAGGUAGGAGUUUUUACUAAAUGAAAGCACGUAUUGUUCUACGAGUUAAAUUAUUCCUGAACAUUACAUCAACAACCUAAUACCCUUGAUUAACAUUUAAAUAACUAGUUUAUAUUUAACAUAUUUUCCUUUUUUUAUACAUGAGCUUCUAUAGGCUACUAUUUGAGACAUAAAAUGUAUGUGUUGUGGAACCUUUGAAAAACCCACUGGCUAGACAAGGAUUUCUGUUUUCUUUAUCUCUUUGAUGUUUUAAACUUUUCACAAAUUGUAUUAAUGCAUACGACAAUGACUACGGACUAGUCUACAGAGUUGCCAAACCCUUGUAAUAUCAAGCUUUUAAAGGGCAAACAAAAUCAAAUUUCUUGUCACUAGUUAAAUGGAUUUAAAUGUGGCUACAACAAUAAACAUGUUGUAUUGUUCAAUGUCAUUUUUUUCAGUAGAAUUGUUUAAAUUAUAUAAAUAUUUUCACUCCACGUAAUAGCCUCUGUAUACUAAUUUUACUUUUUUUCUCUAUCAAGAAACAAUGAGAAUAGUUUGUACUUUUGUUAAGGUGUUGGAUCUUUUUAAAAGCUUUCACAAUAAACAUACAACAAACAAGUUUGUGCAGCUCUUCUUUUCAUUUUGUACAGCGCAUUUGUGCAGCACUUAUCAUUAUCUUAUUCGUAAGGCCAAUACAUACUCCACAAGUAAAAAUAACUUUGUUCUUUUACCUGAGGCUGCAAGUACAAGAACAAAGUUUUUUCCUGGCCAUGAUAUUUCAUACUUCAUAAGAACUCAAGUGUAGAACGCCUUGGAAGUCUUCGUAGGUGUUCUGAACUGCAGCAGACCACCUUCGUAUUUUUCUGACACAAAAUAAGAAAAAGGUUCUGCCCAAAAUAUGCUUUAAGAAAAAGCUGCAAUAAUAGAAUUAUUUCAUUUUGCUUUUGCACCACUGGGAAAGAGAGCAAGUUUCUCUGGUCUUGCAGAUGUGUGCACAUUAUUUCUGUGGAAACACUC